AUUAGGAAGAUGACAGAAAUGCCAUUCGGUAGAGACAUGAGGUUUGAUUCUAAGAUAAAAAAAUAUUACUUUCUGGACCACAAGAAUCGAUCGACAUCCUGGGAUGAUCCUCGUCUAGUUCUUUGGAAAGAGUGGGUCGAUGUUUCGAUGAAAUUGGGGGACAGUCAGUUGAGAGACGAGAGGAUCAUCAAUACCAUACAUCCUACAGUCUGCCCUUCCCUGAUAAGGUGCAUAUUCAUUGCAACCAAUUUCAACGUUCACCAGACCUGUAAGAUACUUUCUGAUAUGGGCUACAACGAAAUGGAGAGCCUCAUUAAUGCCAAGGCCAAAUUGAAGACCUGCUUGUCUCCAAAUCCUGCUUCUUCAGAUGCUACUGGCCAGCAGCAGCAGCAGCAACAGGCAGCUGCCAAAACGACUACAACCACCAGUUCGAGCAUGUCAGUUCCGAAAUCAGCAGCAGUAGUAGGAGGAGGUAGUAGCAGCAGUUCGACCACACCCAGAACCACUACGCCGAAGUCGUCCACUCCACAAACUGCUACCCCCAAACUCAGCAACAAAAAAAAUGCCUCUCUACCCUACAGCAAUUCAGAAAUGGAAGAAGACAUUACGAUUCUUCAGAUCCUCGAGAGCACUUCACUAAAUAGCGGUGAGAUAGUGGAGGAGACGGCCUAUGAAUCUUCAGACCCAACGUCAUCAUCUUCCUCUCUGGUAGCAGUUCAUUUCACGAAUACGCCGAGAAAGAUGAAUUAUGUUGGUCCCAACAAAAAUUUGUGUGUUGGUCCUAAUCCUACUCUUGCUUGUGGGCCAGAUCCUGUGAACCAUCAGGGGCCCGAUCCACAAAAUGUGCAGGGCCCACAGGGCAGUAACCACGUCAAAGAUGAUGAAUAGACAUUAUGGUGUGUUGUUGAGCUUUAUAUAUUGUUCACAUUUUUAGUAGAUGAAUACCAUUUUUUUUUUAACUUAAUGUUGUUAUAUGUUGUUUUUGGCAUGUUGAAUAAAUAUAUAAAUAAUAGUUAUAUGAACAUAAAAAUACACAAAUACAAUAUUGUAAUGUAUGUUAAUUUUUAUCAGUUUGUGUGUUUCAAAUAACAACUCUACUGCAUUUCUAAUUUUUAUAGAUAUUGAAAUUAAGCCUCUAUAUCUAUGUUCAUUCUAUGUUAAUUUCAUACACUUAUUAAAUGUGUUUGUAUGUAUUUUAAUGCUUGAACUUGUUGUACUCAUACGUAAAUACUUA